GAGCAUGAAUCAAUCCAUAUCUGUACAUUCUUUCAACACUGACUUCUAAAUUAUAACCAAAAACUGUUUCACAAGGUAGUGUGAUGCCCACAAGUGAUCCCCAUGCGUUCACCUGCCAGAGAUGGUUCUUACUAGAUCACGUGAUCGUCUCCCUCCUGGUGCUGACUUGCCGAUACAGUUGGGCUGAUUUGGUGGAGGCAUCAGACGAAAAGGGCUCCAGCUACCAUCAAGCGCGUAAGCCUUGAAUGUUCACCAUGGAAGUGGAUAAACUUGCACAGCAGUUGGCUCCACAACCAACCCCAAGCUGGUCCAGUGCGAUACAUUCAUCUGAAAAGUGAAGACUAUCAUCGUGGAUUAAUCUUCAUAGCUACCACAAAGCUUUACCUAUCAAGAUUUUUGGAGAAUGAAACCUACCCAAGAAAUGCUUUUACUUUGAAAAUCAACACUGAAGUCAUCAAUGUUCUCUAUCAAGGCAGAGUUUGAUGCAGUUGAAGCAGUUGGUUCAAGGGAAUGGACUUGCACCUUGCUGACUUGAUAGUGUUUCUUCUUACUACAGAAAAUUGUAGAUGUAAUAUUGACUACUAUAUAUUUUGCUAAGAAGGUGUUAAUAAUACUUCCAGCAACAUGAACAGGUACCAAUAUCUUUGUGAUACCUGUGAUCACAUAGCAGAAACCCGAGCCAUGCUUCUUCAACACACUGCUUAUCAUCAUGCAGCUGAAGUGUUCAGGUGCCCAGUGUGUCCAUUUAUAACCCAGUACCAAGCUAACCUUCGCAGGCACAAGCGAACUAUUCAUGGAAUUCAAGCAGGCGUGUCUCCUCAGGUUUUAGAAAAACAGGUAGGAGGAAAGAAAAAGGUACAACAAAAAAAUUCAACACAAAUGCCACAGGAAAGUGGUUUUUAUGACAAACAAAUCAGUUCCAGUCAGUUACCAACACAUGUUGGAAAGACUCUUAAAAACUCAUCUACUACAGAUUCCCAAUAUAUGGUAAAAUCCACUGAAAAAUAUGGCAAGAAAUCAACCAAACUUUUUCCAUCAGAAGGUUAUCUUCGGGUUCGAAGAGUUUACAGAUGUCAGCAAUGUGAUCUUGUUACUAUAAAUCCCAGAAAAUUCUUAUACCAUUGUCAAGAGGUUCACUUGGAAAGAAUAACUGUGUAUGAAUGUCCAUACUGUUUGUAUGCUUCAAAAAACUUUCAAAAGUUACAGAGACACUGUGGUAUGGUACACAAAAAAAUGCUUGUUAAAGAUACAAAUUUAAAUCAGGUCAAGCACAUUACUCCAGGUGGACAAAAAGCUGUAAAAGGCAUUCAGACCGCUAGAAAAAAACUAACUAAUGCUGAAUCAUGUUCUACAUCAUUAAAAAAAAAUGCUGUAAAAUCUAAUAAUAUGCUUAUUCCACAUACUUUAACACAGGAAUCGAGGGAACACAAAAACAUUGCCACAGGAUGUGCUGAUAUGGAAGCAGGUUCUACAUUGAAUACCAAAACACAAAAAGUCCAAAAGAAGGAUUUUGAAUGCUUGAAGAAUAACUUGAAAACAAAAAACAUGUCUCAGUUGAAGAAAAAAUUCUUCCGUUGCUUAAAGUGUAGUUAUGUCACUAGUGAGAGAGCAAAAUACACCAGACAUUGCAAAUUCCAUUCCAUGCCAAAAAUAAAAUGCAAAUUUUGUAAUUUUCAAACAACAUACAAAUGGAAUCUUGAUCGUCAUGUAAAAAAUCAUGGCUUAGAAGGGACUUUUAAAUGUAAUACAUGCUCUUUUACAAGUCAUACUAAACAGUCCUUAUUGGUGCAUCAGUGUAAACAAGAGGAUUGCCAGUAUAACGAACAGGUAAAAAUGAACUUUUCCAAUGAUAUAAAACAUACCUCCAGGUCUGUUAAUAAGGAUUUUAAUCCAAAAAGUGAUGAUGAUGAUGAAAUUUCUGAAAAAUCUUCCAAGGCAACUUUUAACUAUGAGUUACAUAAGGAAGCUGUGAAAAGUAAUACCUUACAAAAAAGAUUCAAAUGUCGGUUCUGUAAUUUUACUGCUUGUCCAUCUCGUAUAAAAAGACACGAAAGGGGACAUUUAACAAAAAAGAAAUACUCGUGCCCAACUUGUGGACUGGGUUUUGAUCUUCUUCCAUAUCUCACUCGUCACAUGAAACGAGAGCAUGGAACUACUGAGCAAGCAGCAAAAAGUAUUGUACAGAGAUUAAAAAGGAAGAACGGAACUGGCAAGGCAGUGCCAACGUGUACUGUCUGUGGCUACAAACCAAAGUGGGUGUCAGAAUUAGAGAAACAUUUUCGUGUUCAUUCAGGGCAAAAACCUUUUUCAUGCUAUUACUGUCACUAUCAGACUAAGUGGAAAGGAGAUUUGACAAGACAUCUACAAAAAUAUCAUCCAAACAAACCACAAAUGUCAUUUUUGAGACAAAAACAUGAGCAAGAAAGUAGAGUUAAAGCCUUAAAAUGUUUUGAACCUAUUAUGAGUAGUUACAUGUCCAAUGGGAAUGAAGAAAACAAGACUACUGGCAAAGUGAAUACAAAAACUAAAACAGUGAAGAAAAAAAUGUCACACUUUUCUAAAGCACAGACUGAUGAGAACAAACAUCUCCAUUUGUUACACUUGAGUGAUAACCAAAAAUUACCACUUGACUUAAGUGUUGCCAAUAAAACUAUGUUAUUCAAAGAAGAAUGUGAAGAACUAACUUCCACUGAUGUAAGUAUUUGUAAAGAUGCAAUCACUGAUAUAUUACCAAAAUUGGAGCCACAGAAAACUAAUUUUAAAGCCAUCAGUGCAAAUGGACAAAGUGAUUCAACCAGUAGCUGUUCUAAACAAAGAAAAUUUAUUAAGAAAUACAGUUGUGACCAGUGUUCCUUUGAAACACAUUUGGAUUCCAAAUUUCAAACUCACUAUGUGAAACAUCAUGACACACAGGAAUUUAUUUGUUCAGCUUGUGGUCAUAAAUCUAAUGAUCAAAAGGAAAUCACAAAACAUAUUAAGAUAAAGUUUGCUCAUGAUUCAAUGCAUCAAUAUGCCACUUGUUUGUUGUCCUGUGAUACAGGAAAGAUUGAUUGCCAAAAGUACCUAAAGAGUGUACUUGAUGUCCCAGUAAAUGAUAUUCUAAGAGAUUUGGAUGGGAAUGAAAGUUCUGAUUUAGAAAAACAAACUAAAGCAAUAACCUGUGGCAUUGAAAGUGAAAUGGUGGAACAAAAACCCAGUCCUGUUUCUUUGAAAGAUUGGGCUGAGUCUUCAGAAUCAGGUAAUGUGAUGUUUGAAGUUGACUUUAGAGGAAUUCAGUCAAAGAAUGAAAGCAAAUCAUAUCAUUGUAAUCUGUGCAACUUCAAACAUUGUGACAUAAAAGUUGUUGUAAGUCAUAUGGCUGUUCAUGCUGGGGUUAAACCAUAUCGUUGCCGCGUUUGUCAAUUUACAUCUAAUUGGCGUCAUUUAAUUCUUAAGCAUAUAAAGAGCAAACAUGGUGGAAAUUUUCAAGACUUGGAGGAAUGUUUUAGUGUUAAGUUAAAAGAUCAUGUUCUUUACCUCACAGGUAUCUCAACAGAGAGUAAACAAGUUAAGAAAUACUGCUAUCCCCUUGAGUGUUUUAGGUGUGAUAUAUGUCCGUAUACCUGUGAAAAGCAGUUUUACAUCAAAACACAUCUAAAGCAACAUCAACCAAGAAAAGAAGCAGUUUUCAAGUGCUUACAUUGUCCAUAUUAUGUAAAAUAUCGUAAAACAUUAGUAAGACAUAUGAAGUUGCAUGAAGAGCAUUCAGCUGAUGCUAGUGAAAGAAUGUUACCACAUUAUGCCGAGAACAGAGUUGAAGAUUGGAAAGAUGUUUCAUUUAAUUGUGUUAAUGAAGAUGAAAAUAAAAGUUGUAAUACUGAGAAACUUGUAAAAGACAGUGUAGCAACUGGGAACCUAUCUAGCAACCCAUCUUUUGCAUCUACUGCACUGUUCAAAAAAUUCAUGUGUGGUCAGUGUCCAUAUAGAAGUGACAACAGGAAACAGUUUCUUCAUCACAAACAGUUCCAUCGACCAAACAGAGCUGCCCCACAUAGAUGUACAGUUUGUUCAUACUGGGCAACCAGACUACAUUUGUUGAAACAGCACAUGAAGCUUCACACAGUUUGUACAAAAUUGGUAGAGAAAGAGGAGGAAACACCAAACAUGGAAGGUAUUGAAGGAGGUAUUCCUUUUGAAUUAACAACAAAAGGAAACUUUCUGGUGAAGACGUACAAAUGCUGUUAUUGUCCAAUGAAAAAUCGUCGUCGAGUAAAUGUUCGGCUCCACAUGUCAAUGCAUAACAGAAGCACAGUUUCAAAAUUUUCUUGUCCUCUUUGUAACUAUCAGUGUAACAAUCAGGGAGUGUUGGGAGUACAUUUAAAAUUACACCAGGAAAGUGAAGUUGAUGCAUUUUUAAAAACUACUAUUGGUACAGAGGCAUUAAAAAACUGUGUUGUACAUGCAGAAUCCAACAGUGACUCUAGUCAAAAGAAAGAAGUUCCAGAAACUAAAAGAAAAGAACUGAACAUGUUGACUGGACAACGUUCAUUAACUUCUUGUAGUCAAAAAAUAAAUUUUAGUUAUUUCUGCAUGAAUUGUCCAGCAAUGUUUAAAAGCAUUGGUGGUCUUAAAACUCAUCAAAGUUUUCAUGGGGUUAAUCAUUCCUUUCACUGCCCUUGUUGUGACUAUACAGCGAGACAUAAGCCACACUUACACAAACAUCUUUUAGUGCACACUCCAGCUUAUGCUGCCAAACGAAAAGCAUCAAAUGCACCCCCACUUAAUAUACCUGAUAAUACUCAUAACCUACAUGACACAAAUGAACACAUUUCUGAUAAAAAUGAACUCAGUGAAAUAACCAUUAAAGAAAGUACUAUCAACAACCAGAUGCUACUGCUAGAAGAAGCUGAAACACAAUCUUACUUGCAAGGGCUUUGUCAAAAGAUUUCUCAAAAACUUCUGGGUUGUCCACUUUGUCCUGCAAAAUUUGUGAAGCAAACAACUUUUAAUUUUCAUUUAGGGCUACAUGGUGGGCCUGGGCCAUAUAAAUGCACCAACUGUAGUUAUACUGUAGCAACAGCCUGUAAUCUGUUAAGUCAUACUCCCCUUCAUUCACAGCCUGGAAAAACUCAAAACUUGCCUAAGAAAAACAUUCAUCAAUGCCCCAAGUGUCCUGCUGUAUUUUCCAAGCACAGCCGCUAUGAACGACAUGUUAACUUACAUGGUAAGAAAUCCAAAUUCACCUGUAAUAAAUGUGAUUACUCAGUCAGAUGUGCAGCUAAUCUACAUAAGCACAGAAAUGUACAUGAGAAAAUCCAAUCACACAAUCCUCUUGUUGUACAAGAGUCCUUUAUUUCUCCAGCUUUACCCUUUGGGAAGCAAGCUGAAGAAACUUGUAGAAAAGAAACAAUAGAAUCUCCAAUGGAUAUUGUAGAUAAAGAAAAUCUAAAAUGCAUUUUUCGUUGUGAUCGUUGUCCAUACACAAAUGAAUGUAAGGAUGCUGUCCAAGUCCACCAGAAACAGCACAGUGCACAAGAGGGAGUUACUUGUCCACAUUGUGACUACUCAACUGCUCAGACAUCAUGUUUACUAGAUCAUAUUAACAGUCACUUUCAACUUCAGGACUUCCUUAUGGUUAAAGCAUUUAUGGAACCUUUGGUAGAACUUUGGAGUGUAGAAAAUGAAAAUAAAGAACAGAUCUUCAUCUGUCCAGACACAUCUUCCAUUCAGCAUAAGAACUUUACCAGUCUAUUAGAAAAUAAUUGUGUAGAAGCAAAUAUAGACAAGUUUUCUUCCACACCUGCUUCUAGUAUCAAACAUUCUAAAGAGGAAUUUUUAUUACAUUUGAAUGUAGUUGAAAAGAGAGAUGUUUCCACAAAGAUCAAGGAGGAUAAAACACUUGCUUGUACAUCUGAAGUGAUAAAUCAUGAUUUGGAGUAUGAUAAAAAUGAAAACAUUACAGAUUUCCAAUCAGCCAAGCAAAGCACGUAUGAGGAGACAUCAAGUGGAACCUGUUCUACCAGAAAUGAGCAAUUUAACAUGGAAAUAUGUAAAAAAUCACAGGACGAACAGAGAGACAUUUUUCAAACAUUACCAACAGAUGUUGAAGCUCCAUCGCCAACAGAAAAUAGUACAUUAUCAAAAGAAUCAAUAGCAAGAACAGUUGAAGACUCUCAAGUUUUUAAAUUUCAUAGAAUAGAUUGUACAUCUGAAUACUCUAUAGAAAAUACAAGCAAAAGAGAUGAAUUUUUAGAGAGUGAUACAAUGUUUGAAGAGCUUAUACCAUACAAACCAAAAGAAUUAGAAUGUUCUAAACCUAUUCAUAAAAGUAUUACUCCUUUGAUCAACACAGAAAUAAAUAUGAACUCUACUACAGAUGAGCUUUUUGCUAGCAAAAAGAGCCAAAAAGAAGGCUCAUCUGUGUUAGAACCACCAACAACAGCAAAGAAAGAGAACAAUCUGGAAAAUUCAACUGUGAACUUUCAUGAUUAUGAGGGUAAUGAAAAAAAAUUGUUGGAAAAUUCUAUAGCAGAUGUACAAAACACAGAAGAUCUCAAGACAGCAGUUAUUGCUUUGGGUCAUGCAAAUUCUUCUCAUGAUGAUGAUGUCUUACAUAAUGAUGACAAACUUAAGCCUGUAAUUAUGGAGAAUCAAGAUGAUAGAUUGGAAAUAUGUGGUGAGGUAUCUAGUAUCACUGACCCUAAGGAGAAUGAAAAAGUUGAGUGCUUUUCUUUCAUUGAUUUGGAAAGUAAAUCAGCUGGAAACAAAAUUACAACAAAUGAUCCAAGCUAUAUUAGCACUGAAAUACCACUGAAAGACUUCAGUGAAAGACCUCUCACACAGUGUGAAAUUUUAAGAGACAAAGUUGAUUGCACUGCUAACAUUACAUUGCAAGAAUUGAUGUGCACAUCACAUUCUGAUGUUAUUUGUACAGACACUUACAAGCCAGAAGAGCAGAAGGAAACAAUUACGUUCCAUACAGACAUUGUUAAUGAGUUUUCAUCUGUUAAUGCAGUUCAGAAAAAUUUGUCAGAGCAGUCUAGUUCCAACUCAGAGCUAAACAGUUGUGUGAACUCAACUGAUUUUCCAUUUUCCACUGCUAAUGAGAAGGAUUUGUUUGUUGAUGAGCUGACAGAUAAUUUCAUUUUUCAAGAUUGUAAAGCAGAGACAGAGAGUCAAGUUUCAGGUGUUGAGAAAAACAAAAGUUUUUUUGAAGAUGUUAGUUCUUCUGACUCUGUUCAUAUAGUAAACCAUAACUUUGAAGGCAUUCAGACCCAUGAUAAAAUCGACAUCUCACCAAUUUUAGAAACUGAUAGUAAAGAAAAUGAUGAUACCUUUUUCCAAACCAGUAUGACUUCUAACUCACAAUAUUUUGAUGUGACUUCAGUGGAUGAGAACCAAACCAAUGACCUUGUUAUAGGCAGUAAUGUUUUUUAUAGCUGGGACAUGGAUUUGUCUGAUGAAUCCCAUGUUGGUGCAUAUGUUUCAGUUGGUGAUUCCAGAGAAGACAACCUCUGCCCUCUAGCUGCAGAUUAUGAUUUGUGUACAUCAACUGAAAUGGUAUGUUUGACUCAAGAUGAAAUUGGUCUCCAUGAUCCAUUAAUGAAUUAAAACGAAAUCCAAAAGAUCUACUAUCAGAAACUAAAUUUUAGAAACAAUGAUUGUAUAUAUAUAUAUAAUUUGAUUUAGAGCUCAUUCCUAUCUUGGUAAAAAAAUACCGAAGUUUUUGCAUAUUUCAUUUAAUUGAGGUUUUUAUAAACUUUCUGAUAAAGCGUUGUUCUUGUAUGGUAUUUAUUCUAGUAUUUAUCAUACUCUUACACAGUAACACAUAAGCUUAUGGUGUGACUUCAGAAUGAAAUGUUCAUAUAUGUACUGAGAUACUGUAAAACUACAAAGUGUCAUAGUUCAGUUUUACACUGAUGUUGUUAUAUGCAAAAUAUAAUUGUGAAUGAAAAAGUUGUUGAAUCAUCUAUGAAAUUUUCAUGAUACUUAGAAAGGUUUGUUUAAUAAAAAUGUUUUAACUUACUUUCAACAAUAUUCUUUGUCACACUAAAGAAUAAAUAGUAAAUUGUGACUGAUUCCAUUAAGAGAGAGAUUGGUAAGAUUUGUAAAUUUGAAGCUAUGUACAUUUGGAAAAUACUGGAUAGAUCAUGAAGACAAAUUAACAAAAAUAUAUACACAUUUAGCCGAAAGGAUAACAUUUAAACGAAUAACUCUUGAUUUAGAGCGGGGUGGCUGAGUUCCUUCCUAGAUAUUCACCAUGGGGUUAAAAUUCUUGGUUCAUUUUUUAUUUUUAAAUCUUGUAACGACCAAAUCCUGAAUAUAUCAAUUGUUAGUAAUUUAUGAUAAUACUUGUCAUGUUUAUAAUACAGUUUUUCAAAACAAAAUAUUACCUUAACAAUGAUCUCAAACAAAAAUUGAACAACAUUAUACUUUUAUUAUAGUAUUUACGGUGAUUUUGUAUGAAUUCUGGGGAGUUUCAUAGAUUUCAACAGUGUAGGAUUACGACUAUCAAUGUUUCGACUGUCUUCAAUUAAUAUGACGAGGACAAGCGAUGCAAGUCGAAAGUCGUUUUAUCUUUACAAGUAGUUAGUCGAUGUUGGUAAAACUGAAAUUGAUAAAUUACUUGUUAUUUUAUUUGAACGGUAGGCAAAACGUAAUGCUUUGCACUUUUGUAACUAAGUAAGAAUAAAGUUGAGUUAUGUGUUCAA